AUGGCCUGUCCAGAUGAUCCCGAGGUUGAACGGCCUAGAAAUUACAUCGAAGCCAUCAGUGGCGACUCCAGCUGGGAGAUGUAUGGUAUUAUCAUCAAAUGGACAGAGCCUGUAGUUCCUGGAAGUAUCAGGUUGGCUCUGAACGAACCAGUCAGGUUACGCUUGUGUGUAGAAACCAAGAAGGAUUUAGAAGUACCUCCUGAAGCUUUGACCGCUUGGUGUUGGACGCACAUUCACACUGCUGAGAAUCCGUGUGGGAUCUGGAAGGAAAUCAAGCUGAACUACAGCCCUAAAUGCACCCAGUGGAACGAUCACGGCAUCACCAGUUAUGUGUUUCAGUCCUCUAUAAUACCCACAAAAGACGAUGUCUAUAGGCUGACCUUCAACGUCAAGUACGACAAGGUCAUGAUCUGGGCCAACAACUUCCAGGUAGACAACGUGCUCGACAUACAGAUGAAGCCGUCCGUUGCAACCCAG